AGAAGAAGAAGAAGAAGAAGAUGAAGAAGAAGAAGAAGAAGAAGAAGAAGAAGAAGAAGAAGAUGACGACACUGAAGAUGAAGAUUACAGAAUGGCCGAAUCAGAGUCUUCAAAGAUUUUGAGUUCAUCAUCAUCAUCAUCAUCCUCGAGUGAUGAUUAUGAUCACCAUUUUCAUCAGGAAAAAGUCGGAAUUACCAAUGUAGCUUCAACGAGCAAGAAACCCAUGCAAACAGAGAGGAAGUCCAGGGGAAAGGAUAAGAAAUAUGAGAAGAGGGUAGAGCAAAAGCCUCAGAAGGAAGAGAAAAGAGUGGCGAAACAGUACAAGAACAUUGUGUUUACAUGUGGGAAAUGUGGCUCUACUGCUUCCACAGUCGCUGGCUGUGAUAAUUCCCCCACCCAAACUGUGGAAGCUGCAGGCGGGGGUUUGAACAAGCUUCCUUCUCCUAAAGCAUCACGAAUUAAAGAAUCUGUUUCAGACAGAAGAUCUGAAAUCCUACCUCCUGGUCCAAGAGCUGCAGAUGAGAAUUCCAACAAGCCUGUUUCGACGGAUGUAGCAAGAGCUAAAGAUUCUGUUUCCAUCGGCUCCAAUAGAAAGGCUGAAAACCCGCUUACCGGUACGAGAGCUGAUGAGGAGGAGCUGACUAAGGUUGCUUCGGCCAAUGCGUCAAGAGCUGAGGAUUCUGUUUCUGUGGGUUCAGAGAGAAAAUAUGGAAAGCAGCAGCUGAAAACUGAGAUUGAGCAUUGCCCGAAAAGCUCGGGGCAUAGGACUAAAGAGCUUGAUGUUUUCAGUAUUCUUGUGAAUUCUGUUUGGGGAAAACAAAGGAUAGGAGAAGAGGAACCUGGUUCUUCGCCGCGGCAAGAAGAACCUCAAGAACAAGAAGAAACGAGAGGCGAAGACAAGUAUGAUGCGGAUGGAUUUCUAGUGGUACAGCCGCCUCCAUUGGUGUUGAACUUCAAGUUUGGAGAAGAUGAGCCUGAACCGGAGAUUCCCGAGUGGGAAAUAGAGAACCAGCAAUUAUUUGAUGAAUUUGCACUUCUCCUGAAAUCAGGAGAAACGGAGAUCGAUAUUUCUUCCGACAUUACUAAGGAAUCGGCAGUGGAUGAGCAUCCCUUGGCGCGCUGUGAAAAAGGAAACCACGAACUCGAACUUGAUCUUGAAAUCGGGCUGAAGUGUAUUCAUUGUGGUUUUAUAGAGACGGAGAUCCGUCACAUGGAUGUAUCGGAGUGGCGGGGAGACAUAUUUAAUAGCCGAAGGAGGAGUGCAGGUGGAACGGAACGUGAAGACAAGACAUUCUUUGAGAAACUCGGAUUCCCUGUCCUCACGAAGAACAGUUCCACCGAAUGUGGAGGUGAAUCAGAUGGAACAGUCUGGGAUGUGAUACCGGGAACUAAGUCUCAGCUCUAUCCGCAUCAGCAGGAGGGUUUCGAGUUUAUAUGGAGGAACAUAGCCGGGACAAUUCACAGGGAUAAGCUCGACGACUAUGAGAAAAGCGACGAUGAAAACAGAGGAUGCAUCAUCUCUCAUGCCCCGGGAACAGGAAAGACUCGUCUCACGAUAGUUUUCCUUCAGUCAUAUAUGGAGCUCCACAACAACUGCAGGCCCAUGAUUAUUGCUCCCGCGAGUUUGCUCCUCACAUGGGAAGAGGAGUUCAAGAAAUGGAACAUGGAUGUUCCCUUUCACAAUCUGAACAAUGUGGAUUUCUCGGGGAAUGAGAGUUCAGUGGCAAUGGACAUAUUUGAGAAAAGGGGGCAAGGUUCAAGAAGCCAUAAUGAUGUAAGAAUGGUGAAGCUAUUCUCAUGGAGUACGGAGAAGAGUAUCCUCGGGAUCAGCUACAACCUCUUUGAGAAACUUGCUGGAGAUGAUGUCGAGAAGAGAAAGAAGAAGAAGAAGAGCGAAGCCAUACUCGACAAAGAACGAGAGGAUAUCAGGAAGAUCCUUCUUGAAAUACCCGGGUUGCUUGUUCUUGACGAAGCACACACCCCUCGGAGCCAAAGGAGUUGUAUAUGGAAGACACUGACAAAAGUAACAACGCAGAAACGGAUCUUGCUCUCCGGAACACCUUUCCAGAACAGUUUUCUCGAGCUCUGCAACGUAUUGUGCGUUGCAAGACCUGCAUACCUGUCUAAGUUCUCAUCGAUGCUCAAGAAGAGUAAAAUGACGGUAUUGAGGAGACGGAGACGGAAAGAUGGUAGAGAUUCUGCUUCAGCUGUACAUAUCAACAAUGAUGGAAUCGACGAGCUCAAGAGCCUUAUGGAUCCAUUUGUACAUGUUCACAAAGGAAGCAUCCUUCAAAAGAGCCUUCUCGGGUUGAGAGACUGUGUAGUGGUUCUAAACCCUCCUGCACUCCAGAAGAGGAUUCUCGAAUCAAUUCCAAACUCGAAAAACGUGUUCGAAGUCGAUCACAAGAGGUCUGUGGUCUCGAUUCACCCAUCUCUGAUUUCUUGUUGCACCUUGUCCAAGGAAGAACUGUUAGUUCUUGACGAGACUUUGCUUGACCAGUUGAAGAGAUCCAGACUCGAACCAAAUGAAAGCGUAAAGACAAGAUUCCUGAUGGAGUUCAUCGGGUUAUGCAAUGCGGUAAACGAGAGAGUUCUGGUGUUCAGCCAAUACAUCGAUCCUCUGUCUUUGAUAAUGGAGCAGCUGGGGUGUGUUUUCAACUGGUUAGAAGGCAAAGAAGUGCUCUACCUGCAUGGGAAACUUGAACAAAACCAAAGGCAGCUACUGAUCAACAAAUUCAACGACCCAAAAUCCGAAGCAAGAGUCAUAUUGGCUUCGAUUAAAGCAUGCUCGGAGGGAAUCAACCUGGUAGGAGCAUCAAGGGUUGUUCUUUUGGAUGUUGUUUGGAACCCGGCUGUGGAACGACAAGCCAUAAGCCGUGCUUACCGAAUUGGACAGAAACGGGUAGUGUACACAUACCAUUUGGUAAUGAAGGGGUCUCUCGAGUGCCAAAAGUACUGCCAACAAGCCGAGAAACAUAGAAUAUCGGAGCUGAUGUUCUCUUCCCGACACGAGAAAGCAAAGUCAAAGAGUUGUUCUGAAGCUGUGUUGGAGGACAAAGUGUUGGAUCAGAUGGUUCAACAUGCGAAGCUCGGGGAAAUGUUUGAGAAGUUAAUCUAUCAACCCAAGGAAGCGGAUUUGGUGGAGAGUUUUAACUCAGUUUUCCCGUGACCAAGGAACUCGAGAGAACAAUAAGGUACGUCUCUAACUCCAUAGUUGUAAUCAACAAAGAAAAACAUUGGGCUGAUGUUCUGCUUU